AUGGCCGCGCAAGUGCUCGACAGCAAAGCCGCACGCCGGCAGCCCAGCACGCCGGCCGCUCUGCCCCCGGAGUACGCCGAGGGAGACCAUGUCGAGCUCGCGGACCUCUCGACGCCCAGGACAUCCACCGCCGAGUCGCCCCCAGCCUACGACGAGGUCGUGUCCCCGGCCGCCCUCGCCACCACCGGCCUCGCGCCAACACACACGUACCAGGUCGAGUCCGAGGGCCACCCGCUCAUCGCGCUGCCGCUGGCGCCUCGCCCGUCGCCGGUCGGCAUCUUCGCCGUGCUUCCCGACGGCUCGCUCGGCCCGCUGGCGUACCAGUCGCUCCGGCGCGCGCGCUGCUCCGGCAACAGCGUGCUCGUCCGCGCCGACGACCCCCUCGCCCUGGAGCCCCUGUGCUCGACGACGAUGCGGCUGCAGGGCGAGGUCGCGCACGGCGAGGAGCUCGAGGUCGCGGGCGAGGGGUGGCACACGCGGGCGCACAACAUGCGCACGCACCUGGGCACCUUCCAGUGGCGCUACGCGGGCCGCCGGGAGAGGAGGGCCGUCGGCGCCAGCAGCCUGCUUGUCAUGGACCAAAUCACGAGCGUCGCCCUGCUGGGCGGCAAGACGGCGGAGCGGCGGAGGAGGGUCGCGCAGCUGGUGAGGAGCGAGGCGCUGCGCACGCCGGGGACCACGGGCGCCACGGCUGGCAACGGCGGCCGUCUGCUCAUGGAUCUGAGCGCGUGGGCGGGCAGCAAGGCCGAGGUGAGGGCCAUGGAGGUCCUCGUCCUGAGCGGGUGCGUCGUCAUGUUGAAGAAGGAGGUUGAUCGGAGGAGGGCGGCGCAGUUUGUCGUCCUGGCCGGUGCUGCGGGCGGGUCAAUUAUAAUUAAUAUUAAAAAAUUUUUAUAG